CCUUUAAUAAGCGCCUCAUUUCACGUGUGAAGGGCCCAAUUACACUGGCCAGUAUUAAAUUAUCUGUUAAAUCGCGAAAAUUAGACUGACGAAAUCCCAACCAAAUGGCGGACACCAAGGAGACUAUUGUGGAGGGCGUGGAGGCACUGACGCUGAAUGGAAAAGCUGAGGUGGAGCCCGUGGAAACAGGCACGGAUGCUCAGGCCCAGGAGGGAGCAGCUGCACCAGCCGAAGAUGUCGUGGAUCCGUGGAAUGUGGCCAGCAGCAAUGACGCGGGCGUCGACUACGACAAGCUGAUUAAACGUUUUGGCUCCAGCAAAAUCGAUGAGGAGCUCAUCGCUCGCUUUGAAAAAAUCACGGGGAAGCCCGUGCACCACUUAAUCAAGCGGGGCAUGUUCUUCUCACACAGGGAUCUGCAUACGAUUCUGUCUCUGCGGGAACAGGGUAAACCCUUCUACUUGUACACUGGUCGUGGUCCUAGCUCCGGAUCCCUGCAUGUUGGUCACCUGGUGCCCUUUAUUAUGACCAAGUGGCUGCAGGAGACGUUCGAUGUGCCGCUGGUCAUCCAGCUGACCGACGACGAGAAGACCUUGUGGAAAGACCUGAAAGUAGAAGAUGCCAUCAAGCUGGCACGUGAGAAUGCCAAGGAUAUUGUGGCCAUGGGAUUCGAUGUCAAUAAGACAUUCAUAUUCAACAACCUGGAAUUUAUGGGAAAAAAUCCUGCCAUGUACCAGAACAUCAUUCGCAUCCAAAAGUGCGUCACCUUCAACCAGGUGAAGGGCAUCUUUGGCUUUGGCGAUUCAGACAUUAUUGGCAAGAUUGGUUUCCCGGCCGCUCAAGCAGCUCCUGCCAUCUCGAGCACCUUCCCCUUCAUUUUCGGCAACAAGAAGGUGCACUGUCUCAUCCCGUGCGCGAUCGAUCAGGACCCGUACUUCCGCAUGACCCGUGAUGUGGCCCCUCGUCUGGGAUUCCCCAAGUGCGCUCUUAUCCACUCAACCUUCUUCCCGGCGCUGCAGGGUGCCAAAACAAAGAUGUCUGCUAGCGAUCUGAAUUCGGCAGUUUUUUUGACAGAUACGCCGAAGCAGGUUAAGAACAAGAUCAACAAGUACGCCUUCUCCGGAGGACGCGCCACUGUGGAGGAGCACCGCAAGUUAGGUGGUGUACCCGAAGUUGAUGUUUCCUACCAGCUGCUUAAGUUCUUCCUGGAGGACGAUGCCAAGUUGGAGGAGGUGCGAGUGGCUUACAGCAAGGGUGAAAUGCUAACGGGGGAGAUCAAGAAGCUGGCCGUGGAGACCCUCACACCCAUUGUAGAACAGCACCAGGCAGCCAGGAAGCUGGUCACGGACGAAGUGCUUGAUAAAUACUUCGAAUUGCGACCCUUAAAGUUCGGCAGUUAGAACUUCAUCGGGGUUGAGGGACCUGCAUUUGCUUGACAUCGAUUCUUACUAGAGUUAAAACGAAAUUAGCUUAAAUCGAACUAAGCGAGAUUAGUUCAGCACCGAACCGACUAAGGAUCUCCUAUGUAAAUAGCAAAAAUGAAUUGAUCUUCGGCUGGGCUCUGAGUCCGAGUGGCGUCCACUUAAUGCAUCGUUGUACUCGCUAUUUAUUUUAUUUUUUACACACCGUGUUUACUUUUAUAAAGCAGAAAAUAAUAAACGGCUUCGAUUUGCAAUUGCCAGCACAGUGACCCACA